UUUGGGCUCCCUCCUUCCUCGGAGGCCCUCAACGUUUUAAACGCCCGAGAAAGAUUAAGACCCUGGGAGCGAGGCAGGUCUUCUUUGUGAUAAGCAAAGGUCGGCACCGAAUCCUUUUGACUUUCUCGCUGCAAUUACUCCUUCCUUCUAUUCUAUAUAAACCAUGCGUACGCUUCCAUCUCCAAUCCAAACCCCCCUUGCUUUCCAUUGAGCUCUUCCUCUCCUCCAAACACCAAGGAUUCUAGCACAACGAAGUUAAGUCGUUGGCUCCAUGGGACGAGCACCUUGUUGCGACAAGCAUGGAUUGAAGAAGGGGCCGUGGACGCCGGACGAGGACGAAAAACUUAUCGACCACAUCCAAAAGCAUGGCCACGGAAGCUGGCGGACCCUCCCCAAGAAUGCUGGGCUCGCGAGGUGCGGCAAGAGUUGCCGGCUCCGGUGGACGAACUAUUUGAGGCCUGAUAUUAAAAGAGGAAAGUUCUCAUUUGAAGAGGAAGGAAUAAUUAUUCAAUUACAUAGUAUGUUGGGGAACAAGUGGUCGGCGAUUGCUGCUCGCUUGCCAGGAAGAACAGAUAACGAGAUCAAGAACUAUUGGAACACCCGCAUCAGAAAAAGGCUUCUAAGGAUGGGAAUUGAUCCUGCAACUCACAGCCCUCUCCUCGACCUCUCUUCGCUUCUAAAUCGAUCGUCAUACAACCCAAAUUACCAACUCGACUUCUUUAGAUUAGCCACCAAUCUCCAAUCAUCUCAAAGCCAAAACUUCAACCUUCUUGGCCGAAAGCUCCAAGAGCCACAGCUCCCCAACCCCCAAGUCCAAGACCCAUUCCCAUCCUUCCAAGACCACCAGCUACAAAACCAAAUUCAAGAGUUUCCUCUUUGCACCACUUCUAACGCUAGAUUCCUUGAUAAAGCCCAGCUUAUGCAAGCCAACGAGGGGCAAUUCCAACCACAGGCUCAAAGCCAUCUAUGGCAAGACGUUGUCGCUCAGGCUAACUUUUCUGAGAAUUUUGUGCCCGGUGCAAGUGUUAGCUUUGACAAUUUGGACCCAUCCAUUCCCCAGCUGAUCUCUGGGAACUCCAACUUUCAAGCGACCAACAGCCUGAAUUAUAGGCAAACUUCUGUUCUAUCAGCACCAGCAUCGAUCCCAACCCAAUUAAACUCCUCAACGACGUACGUGAAUGGCAACACCCAGGAUGAGAAGGAUGGCUAUUACAGCAACUUAUUUAAAAUCCAAAUUCCUGAUCUAUUGGAUGUGAGUGCCUACAUGUAAAGAAAAUAGAGAGAAAAAAAGAGGUGCUGAUGAAGGAGAAAAUAUGCACAGAGAGAGAGAGAGAGAUUAGUUUUACCCUUCCGUGAAUGUAUGAAACACAUACUUUCCACA